AUGAUCAAACCAUCCUCUCCAACUCCUAACCACCACAAAAACUUGAAGCUCUCUCUUUUGGACCAAGCAUUUCCUCCAUCCUUCUAUGCAAAUACCAUUUUCUUCUACUCUUCAGACAGCAACAGCAACCAUGGCCAUAACUACGGCGGCGACGUCACCUCCCAGCAGCUUGCAUGGGAAAGGUCUGACCGAUUACAGAAGUCGCUGUCCAAAACCUUGGUUGCUUUCUAUCCAUUCGCCGGGCAGCUCAAAGACCAAGUCUCCGUUGAGUGUAACGAUGAAGGAGCUUAUUUUGUAGAAGCCCGAAGUAACUGCAGCCUCCUGGAAAUUCUUUCCAAACCCGAACACAAGUUACUUCCCCACUUUAUUCCUGCAUUCAAUGCCGAUGAGCAGUUGGGCAGUGCUGUUCUGCUUGUUCAAUUCACGGUCUUUAACUGUGGAGGAAUUACUCUUGGUGUCUCCCAUUCACACAAGAUCGCCGACGCAUCAUCUACAUGCACUUUUUUCCAAAGAUGGGCAGCCAGUACCCUCGAGUUGGAGUCCGUUAACAACCAUGAUCGAAUCUCUGCAGUUAACAACCAUGAUCAAAUCUCUGCAGUGCUUCCGGAGUUCGUUGGAUCAUCAUUGCUGCCACCUUCGGAUAUGCCCUUCUCAUCCAGCUAUGUCAUGAACAUGGCGCCAGAAAAUUUGACCACAAGAAGGUUUGUGUUUAGUGCUCCAAAGAUAGCCAUCCUCAGUGACAAAAUUAGUAGACUUCUUCAACAGUGUGGAAUUAAUAUAACCCCCACAAAAGUGGAAGUUGUAUCUGCAGUUUUGUUCAAAUGUGCUAAUGCUGCGAGGAGAUCAUCAAAUCCUUCGGCAACAUUUAAGCAGGCAGUGGACUUACGUCGAAGAAUAUCUCCUCCGCUGCCGGAGAACGCUAUAGGGAAUCUGGUCUGGUCGUUUCAACUGUUGGUCGAAAAUAAAGACAUCAAGUUGCAUGAACUGGUUGCUGAGAUGAGGAGAGGCUCUGCAGAGUUUUGUAACGAAAAGGCAAAUAGGUUGAAGGGUGAAGAGGGUGUGUCUUUGGUUUUUGAGGGCAACAGAGAGGAGUUUGAAUUUGGUAAGAUGGGAAUCCCGAUGUAUUGUUUUGCAAGCAUAUGGAGACAUCCGAUGGAUGAAAUGGAUUUCGGGUGGGGGAAGCCCAUUUGGUUCACUUUUCAUAUGUGCUACAAGAACACUAUAAUGUUGUUGGCCGGUACUCGAAAUGAUCAAGAUAUUGAAGCUUUGGUGACCUUGGAAGAACAAGAGAUGACUAGAUUUCAACGCGACGAGAUGCUUCUUGCAGUUGCUGCCGUGAAUCCAAGCGUAGUUGUCAGUCACUGCCGCAUGUGA